AUGUCUUCAUCCUCCUUUGACUUCCUCGGGGGCUGGACAAGCGGCGCGGAGAGCAGCGAAGACACCGAGCCUGAUAUCUCGCUGGACGAGGCGCUGCUGCUCUCCGACCUUAUCGCCUCCGUCACCGAUAAGGACACAGACAGCAACGAUGGAGAGUCAGAAAGAGAUGCAGACAGAGACACAGCGAUACAGGUGCCUGUGCCUGUGCCUGAUAUAGAGGACCAUGCAUACCUGCAUCUGGCGCUCGAGCUGGAAGCCUCCCUUCCGGACAGCGGCAGCAGUGCCAGCGGCGGCGACUCGGAGUAUCAGACUGGCCACAGACACAAACACAAGAUACAACAGUCCAGAGAUGGAGAGAGUACAUCCAAAGAUGGAGACGAGGGAGAGGAUACUCGCUCCCCCCUCGAACGCUUCAGACGACCACCCAUGAAAGGCCUCUCGGUCUCUGACCUCGUCGCCCGCGCCUGGUGCGAGCUCCAAUACUCCUAUACCCUACUACACGGCUACAAAACCACCACUCCAGCCAUGAAACGCGGCACAGUAGUACACCAGAAGCUCGAGAAUGAAGUCCACACCUCUAUACCUAUCACGGUACUCACCAAGGAAGACGCCUGGGCCCUACGCAUCUGGAACGUGAUAUACUCCCUCCGCACGCUGCGUGAUAUAGGCCUAACGCGCGAGAUGGAAGUAUGGGGGAUAGUGGAUGGAGAGAUCGUGACGGGCGUCAUAGAUUGUCUCUCCUAUGAGUGUGCGCAGCCGGAAUUGCAGAAAGCCGUAGGAAAGUACGCUGGUGUAUGUUCGACGAAGCGGGUGGUGGCUCGUACAGACAAGGAGGGUAGUAGCAAAUGGAUGUUUGAAGGAGACGGGCAGAAAACGGCGUUGAGACUAAGCGAGGAAGGGAAUGUGUAUAUCACUGAUGUCAAGACGAAAGACGCCAGGCGGGGCUCGAGGUUGCCGGGCGUGGAGUCGCCUUCGUUCAAGCCCGCGCGCAUCCAGCUGCAGCUUUACUAUCACUUCUUGACUCGCCUGGUAGAGUCCGAGGAUAUCAGCAUAUUCGACAUUGCGGAACGGUACGGGUUGAAGCCUCAUGCGCCGCUGUCUGAUGCCUUUUUGGCGCAGGUCGGGAGUAUCAAUGACGAUUACUUUGAGAACGAAGCUUGUUCGUGGUCUCAGUCGAGUCAGUCUGAAGCUGGUGAUGGCGAUGAUGGUGUGCAGAGACAGGACUCGUUGACUGUGCUGCUGAACCAUAACUCGCUGUCGAAUCUGUGGGAUCUGCUCAAGGAGAACCUCAGACUCACUUUUCUCCGGCCUGAAUCUACAUCUACUCUUACGUCUACGAAGGACGAGCAUGAGCAGAGACAGGUGUCUUUGCUAUCGCCUAUACUGACUGUAUCAUACAUGUCUCAACCAGAGCCAACCUCGCCAUCACCUCCACCCACGGAGACAGACACAGAAGAGUCAAAGACAGAAUCAAAGACAGCAACAGAAUCAGAGUCAGAAUCAGACACGCCUACCCCGUCACAGGCAGACAACAACUACAUCACCCUCGGAACGCGCUCUUUCGUCUUCGACCCAGACUCGCUCUACCCGUAUCUGCUCGAGGGGCUGGACUGGUGGCGCGGCAGACGCCCUGCCCACGCCAUCCCCGUCUCGCAGGCCUGGAAGUGUCAGUCCUGCGACUACAGGGGGACCUGCAGCUGGCGUCGGGAGCGGUUUGAGAUGCACAUGCAGAAGAUCAGAGAGAAGGGCGGCGGCUGGCUUGGUUAA